AUGGUUGUGCGUGCGUUGAAACAGGUCUCUGUGGCGAGGAACGGGGUCGGUGCGUUUGUGCACCCGUGUCGGAAGAUCGUGCUGCAGUACUGCAACUGGGGCGGGUCAUCCGAGGGGAUGCGGCGGUUCCUUGCGUCGCGCCGGCUGGACUUGCUCGCCACGAAAUACCCACAGAUCGAGUUCGAGGUGGUUCGCAAGCCGGGCCACCCACUGGUCACCGGAUUGUACACGAACGGCCGCGAGAAGGUCGUCUGCGUGCGGAAUCUCAACGUCGAUCAUGUUGAGAACAAGCUGCUGCUCGUGAAGGAUAGUUCCGGGGAGGUACUACGACACUACGCGAAGAACGAUAACGUCCGCAGCAUCAACGAGAGCGUCCGCGGUGUCUGGUCCCCGGUCCACACUCGCACAAGACCCACCGUGUAG